AUGCGUGCUGCUUCCUGUGGCGCGCCGGCAAUACCAACCCUACAGCUCCUCGUGCAGGCGAAGGCGGACGUUCGGAAGCGCCACGAGAACGGCUCCACCGCCCUGGAGAUGGGUGACCAGACCUCCGCGCGCGCCCUCCGUGCGGCGCGCGACGCCCGCAGCCGAGCCGAGGAAGCUGCGGCCGCGGCCGCGACGGCCGCAGGCGCGCGUGGGGCUGCGAAGCCGAAGGCUCGGCCGAAGAGUAGCGCUGCCCUGUUGGCCUUGCAGAAUGUUCUCAGCAAGGCAGUGCAGAGCGGCCAACACAAGGCCGCUUUGAGCAAGAACUCGGUCGUAGACUUGGUGCAGAUGGCGCACAUCAACACGCACACUGGCCGAAAGAGGCCGUUGCGGUGGCUCGGCGAGGAGGCCUUGAUGGAGCAAGUGGAGCUGCCGAAUGCCAUCGGUGGAAAGGUGGCUGUGCCCUCCAGGUACCAGGUCUUCGUGGAAGGCUCUGGCUGGAAGACUAUGUCUGUCAAGGGGAGUGCAUCACUGGAAGACUCUCUCAGGUGGCAAGGUGGAGGCACGCAUGUCUUCGAGGAGCAUGGCUGCAAGUACCGGGUCAACCUGGAGGAGCGCACGCUGACGAACCUGACCACCGGGCAGACGGCCAGUGUACGGCCGUUGGAGGAGUGGUAUGCGUCAGCGGCCGCUGGUCUGAAGACGGAAACGCAUCUGCCACGGCGCCUGCCGGGAGCCAUGGGCCAUGAAGUGUCGCAGGCCUGCAUACGCAGAGGGAUGACCUUGGCGCCCGUGGGCUUGACGGGGCCCAGCAUGCCGGCACAAUGCCAGGUGCAGGAAGGUGCUUUGACGUUGGAUGUGAAGCUGGUGGGCCCUGAGGCACCGGGUGCGCAGAAGCAGGCGCUGGAGGACGGCGCUGGUGAGCUGAAGAAGCAGCAUGGCGACCGCUUGGUCAUCAUCGACUUCACUCAUCCCACUGCGGCGGGCGUCAAUUUCGUCUUCGGGACCACGGGCGGGGACCGGGAGAAGUUGAUGAAGGUCACCGCCGAUAGUGGGGUCUAUGCGGUGAUCGUGCCGCAGAUGAAGCUGUUGCGAGCUCGCCGGUUCGGGAGCGACGGCUCGGGUCGCGGGGGGUGCUACAGGGAGUUCCCCAAUGAGGAAGGAAGAGACACUGAGGCUCCGAACAUGGGGAAGCAGAUUGUGGCCCUGCAAGCCGCCAUGGAGAGGAUGGGCCGAGACUUUCCAGGAGCCUUUGGAGGCUACAAACUGGAGGUCACUGAGUCUCAUCAGAAGACCAAGGCGGAUACCAGUGGUACGGCGAAAGCCAUGGUGGGGUCCUUUCAGCAGCUAGGGGUGGAGCCCUUUAGCCAUGAUCAGAUCCAAAUGCUUCGGGACGAUGCGUCUCAAGCAGCCUUCGGGGUGCCGCCGGAGAGGGUUCUCCACGGGUCAUGCUUGGCACACCUACACCUUGACGAGCCCUGA